CUCCAAAUCUCCAAAGCUAGCCAAGUCUUGAAGACACGAUAGAGUCUGAUUCACACAAGCAACAAGUCUCAACCCACUAACAAUUUCUUCCUUAAGAUCCCCUGCCCCUCUCUCACUCUCUCAGACCCAGAAAGCAAGAGAGAGAGAGAGAGAGAUGUCAGCAGUAGUGGCUUCUGCGUCAGCAGCAGGUGUUGCAGUUGGAGGAGGAGAUGUAUGGAAGGCACAUGCGGCCAUGGCUCUGGUUCAGCUCAUCAACGGAGGCUAUCAUGUAAUUACCAAAGUAGCCCUCAAUGUGGGCAUCAACCAGCUUGUCUUUUGUGUCUACAGAGACCUUCUUGCUCUGGUCAUUCUUGCUCCAAUCGCCUAUGUCCGUGAAAAACGGAUUCGACAACCAAUGAAUAGGCGCCUCUUCAUGACCUUCUUCUUCCUUGGGCUAACUGGAAUUUUUGGCAACCAGCUUUUGUUUCUUCUUGGUCUUGGCUACACAAAUCCAACUUACGCUGCGGCCAUACAACCUGCUAUCCCUGUUUUUACUUUUAUCCUGGCAGUACUCAUGGGCACAGAAAGAGUGAAUUUGCUCAGAGCUGAAGGGCAGGCCAAAGUUUCUGGUACACUUGUAUGUGUUUCUGGUGCCAUAUUAAUGGUCUUAUUCCGAGGGCCUGCUUUGAUUGGAAGUACAGAACCAGACUUCACAUCACAAAGUGAGAUAAGUGCCAGAGGUCAACCAGAGCCUGUUGGGUGGUUGAUGUCCUCUUUCCUGGAAUUUGGACUAGAUCAUUUCCAUAUCGGAGUUUUAUGCUUAAUAGGGAACUGCAUGUGCAUGGCGGCUUUCCUAGCCAUUCAGGCUCCACUUUUGAAAAGAUAUCCUUCCAAUCUGUCAGUCACAGCAUAUUCAUACUUAUUUGGUGCUUUAUUCAUGGUGGUGACUGCAUUAUUUAUGACCAAUGAAUCAACAGACUGGACGUUGACACAGUCCGAGCUUUUUGCAGUUAUUUACGCUGGAAUUGUUGCAUCGGCCCUUAAUUAUGGACUCCUGACAUGGUGCAAUAAGAUCUUGGGGCCUGCUUUGGUUGCUCUUUACAAUCCACUUCAACCUGCAGCUUCAGCCUUUUUGUCAAGAGUUUUCCUAGGGAGCCCUAUCUAUUUGGGAAGUGUUGCAGGGGGUUUACUAAUUAUUGCUGGUCUUUAUGUGGUCACUUGGGCCUCCUUUAGAGAAAGACAAGCAGCUUUGGGUGUUAUACCGCCGAUUGCUCGGGUCUCCGAACCUCUCAUCCACAAAGAUGCAACAAUUAACAAGACACCAUUCCACAGAGUACACGUUUUACCAAAAUCAUCGUCAGAUUAAGAACAUUAUAUUGUUUGUGAUAUAAAGAUUUACAAAUUCUUGAAAUCGACAUAAACCCAGUUGAGAUGUGACAGUGUCUUUUCCAUUGAUGUGUUUUCUUAAUGAAAAGUCAGUUGAGAAGAUGCAGUAGGUAUGAACUGUCUUUUCCCCUGAUCCGUUCAUCUUCA